UCCUGCUCCUCCCCGUCCUCCAUCUCGCCGCCCGCUCCCUCUACUCCUCGCUAAACUGAAAACAAAACUUUUCGCAUCCGGAGUCACUUUCGCUUCUGGUUGAGGCUCCGGGUGCUCGCGCCGCCUGUCAUGUGCCCGGGCUCCGUGCUGGCUGCAGCUCAGUAGCGGGGGCCCCGUCUGUCACCUCCAGCUGGCACUGCACGUGGAGAUCCUGUGCCCCUCUCAUGCCCCCCACACACAGGCUCCAUGCCACACGGGCCCUCACCUCCCCAUGCCCGGCUACCCGUCUCCCAGGCGGGCUAGAUAAGGACACUUGGCUGGCUUUUCUUGACUUUCGGUUCGGCGUUUGCUUUCAGCCAUGGACGGGCACAGAGAACAAGGCGCAGCCCCCGGGAGUGCUGGAAGCACAGAGGAGGCUGCAAUGGACACUUAUCUGAGGGCUAAUGGGCUGUACAGGAAGAAGAUUGCCAAGGACGGCUCCUGCCUGUUCAGGGCAGUGGCCGAGCAGGUUUUGCACUCUCAGGCACAACAUUUGGAAAUCAGGCAAUCCUGUAUAAAGUAUCUGCGGGAAAAUCGAGCCCACUUUGAAGCAUUUAUUGAGGGAUCUUUUGAAGAGUAUUUGAAACGUCUUGAAAAUCCACAGGAAUGGGUUGGUCAAGUUGAAAUAAGUGCCCUUUCUUUAAUGUUCAACAAAGAUUUUAUAAUUUAUCAAGAACCUAAUACAUCUCCUGCUCGUGUCACUGAUAAUGGCUUUUCUGAUAAGAUACUGCUUUGUUUUUCUAAUGGAAAUCAUUAUGAUAUCAUAUACCCUGUGGGUUUUGCUGAGAAUGCCGCUAUGUGCCAAUCUAUCAUUUAUGACAUACUCUAUGAGAAGGUGUUUGGACUUUGUGUUACAAAGCAUGUGUCCAAAGCAGAUACUUUUGAUUGUAAAUCUGAAGAAGAGGUUUUCAUCAGUGGAGCUUCAGGAUCUGAUGGGGAAAACGAAGCUGCCAGGAAUAAUCAGAAUUUUGCAGAUAUGAAUGGGUUUAAAUCUCACAAGGAUGGCAAGGUUCUCCCAAAAAAGUCUGGACCUUCUUCUGUCCCCCCAUCUGCUCUUCGGUCACUAAAUCCAGCAGUAUAUAGAAAUGUGGAGUAUGAGGUUUGGAUGAAAUCACAAAGAGAUCAGCAGAAGCUUGACUUCUCCAUCGCUGCUGGAAUGCAGUAUUCUGUUGGAGACAAAUGUCAGGUCCGCUUGGAGUCAGGCGGAACGUUUUAUAGCGCGCACAUUCAGGAAGUUGGUGCAGAUAAUGGACCGGCCGUCGUCUUUGUGGAGGAACUGGGGCGAAAACAUGUUGUUCAAUUGAAAAAUCUUAAGCCCAUCUCCUUAAACACAAGUGCAGAUGGUUGGAACACUGUUGCAGGGAAAAAGGUAAAGAAGACCUCUGCAAGUAGCACAAGUGGUCACGUAGAGAAGGAUUACAGGGGACAGAAGAAUUAUGGAAAAGCUGUAAAAGUGCAGCCUAUGCCCUCUCGUCUGCAACAAAUUACCACAAACAAGCAGCAUGGGAUGUCUCCAGAUCAAGCUACCCUGAACGAGAACAAGGGACGGAGCAGGACUCCUCCGAAAGUGCCUGGAAGGAAGCUGGAGCAGAGUGAGGAGUCUGGUUACUUCAAGAGAGAGAACAUUCACUUUGGCUUAACUCCUGAGGAACGUCAGGAGAAGCAAGUGAUUGAGGAAUCCAAGUCUUUGUAUGAAAUGCAAAACAGAGAUGCCGAUGCCUUUCCAGCCCUCUCUGCACCAGCUCCUGCUGAUACAUCUAUACAGAGUUCUGAUGCUUUACCCUUGAGAAAAAGCCCAGCACUCCCUAGUGAAAAAAGCACUAGGAGGAAGUCUGAAGCAGAAGAUCAGAAAAACAAAGUCUCCAGACUGGCACAGCCUCCAAAAGUGAUUGAGGAGAAAUUAAGUGAGGAAAUAAAGCCGCUUGCUACCUCUGAAUCGGUUGUUUCACAUGAUGUCACCGUUCUUCCAACCCCUGCUGAGCAGCAGACACCCACCACAGUGCCUUCUGUACCUGCCGUGGUCUCAUCUUGGUCAGGGACUUCAGCAGAGAUGCCUACUUUCCCCAGAGCUGGCUCUGACUCUGUAUUACAACCUCAGGUGACAUCAGCCCAGUUCACACCACUUCCAGUUUCAAUUCCAGCAGUUAACCAGCCUUUACUGCCUAUGCCACAGACGCUGAGUGCUUACCAGGACCCUCUUUAUCCUGGAUUUCCUGUCAAUGAAAAAGGAGAGCAAGCUACUGCCCCUCCUCCCUACUCUCUCUGUAAGAAUGGAGAUGACCUACCUACCGAUAAAAGCAUCCUUCAUUUCUUUUACAACCUUGGCAUAAAGGCUUACACGUGUCCAAUGUGGCCCCCACACUUAUACCUGCACCCUCUUCACCAAGCCUACUUAAGUAUUUGCAGGAUGUAUCCAAAUGUUCACGUUUACCCACAAAGCCAUUGGGUACAGGAGGCUGCUGCAAACCAAAGUGAAGUAGAUCCUUCGGUCUUUGCUCAUCAGAGUGUGGUGGGAAAUGAGAACCAGAGCGAAGACCCUGCAAGCUUAUGUCCCCCAGUGGUUGAAAGCCCACCGGUCCAAAUCCCAGUGACUGGUGGGGAAAUGGCUCCACAACCUUAUUCAUCGGAAGAAAAAUGCCAGUUCCAGGCACAGGGCAGCGAAUUUGAAGACCUGCUAUCAAACAAGACAGUGCUCCCACAACCUCCUUUUGGACAGAGUUCCUACAUGGGACCGCUACCAAUAGCUUCUCCAUUUUUCCCACAAGUUUGGUAUGGAUAUCCAUAUCAAGGAUUUAUUGACAACCCAAUGGUACGGCAUAAUAUCUUCAUUACCCCUCAGGAUUCAAGUUUGCCUGAAAGCAUUUCAGCAGGCACUGUCUUAGAAUAUAAUGCAGUUCAAUCAGCAAUAAGUCAGCCCUAUCAUAUUGUGGGUGAACCAGCUAGGCCUCUGUUGCCUGCUGCUACUAUUGCUAGAGAGUCAGGGUUGAAUACCACAGCGGUCAAAGAGGAACAAACUUCAGCUAUGGCCGUAAUGGAGCAGCAGAAGCCUCCAGCUAAAUUGACCGAUGGUCAAGUGGCUCCAUUAACAGAAAUGCCAGAGGGCAAAAAAGGAGAGAAGAAAGAAGCUUCAGUACCAGUAGUCAUGGCACCUAUAAUUCCACCUGAAGAGAGGCCGCUUAGAGCAAGGGAAGAAAGCUCCGAGGAUGAGAGGGAGGUAUCUAACAUGCUGAGUAGCGGAAGAUCAAAAAACUUUUACAAUCAGUCAUUUGGUAGUAGGAGGCCUCGCAAUGACAGGUAUUAUCAAACCAACAGAGGAGGCUACCAGUAUAACAGAACUGAUGAGGGGUGGAGGGGGCAAAGAGGCAGAGAGGAUGGCUCUUACAGAAAUUUCAGAGGCCGGCCAAAUCGAAGACGGCAAUUUGGAGAUGCUUAUAAACAGCAACAUGAGUAGGCGCUCAUUGAUGAUCUCAGUUAAGAAUGUUUGUAUGUUUUUCUUUGUAUUUAUUUGGACAUUAUAUACUCCAGAUAAUAAAAUAAGAAUCAUAUAUUCUUUAAAGUACAGGUAAAGGUUUAGAAAUUGGGAGAGUAAAGUAACCCAUACGUUUGUAUUUUUUGUCUUCCUAGCUCAGUCUCUACCACUUUACUGUUCUUGUGAAACAGACUGAUGGCGGAAAUGUGUGGUAUUCAUUUCUUUAUUCAUGUAGAAGUUUAGGUUUACCACCAGAACUAGUAAUUGUAAUAAGAAGAGGACAAAUUGUCCAGCCUGAACUCCAGAUUCUCAACACUUAGUAGACUUGCAGUGAUGUAUUGGGCUACUUUCACACUCUUGUUUUGGCUUUCCGUUCCUGAGAUCCGUUCAGGGCUCUCACAAGCGGUCCAAAACGGAUCAGUUUUGCCCUAAUGCAUUCUGAAUGGAAAAAGGAUCCGUUUAAAAUGCAUCUGUUUGCAUCAGUUCAGUCACCAUUACACUUUGGAGACUCAGCGUUUUGGUGUCCGUCUGAUGAAA